AUGGCGUCCAUGGUCAAGGGAACGGCUUUCAUCACCGGCGGGGCAUCGGGUAUUGGCAAGAGCACUGCAAUCGUCUUCGCGCAGAAUGGUAUCAGCACAUUGGCUCUGCUUGAUUUGAAUCUAUCAAUACUGCAAGCAACUCGUGAUGAAAUUCGGGCUCAGUUUCCACUUGUCACUAUUGAGAUUUUUGAAGUCAAUGUCGCAGAUGAAACAUCUGUCGAGGCAGUUGUAACCAAUGUAGUGAAUCAAUUUGGUAGUAUCGAAAUCGGUAUCAACUGUGCUGGUAUCAGCGGCACGCCGACUCCAACUCAUUUGAUGUCCCUGAUGGAGUGGCAGAAGGUAAUUGAUGUCAACCAAACCGGGGUGUGGAUUUGUCAAAGAGCUCUGAUCCGGCAGAUGUUGAAGCAAGAAUCGCGUGGUGUCCGCGAGGGUCGUGGUGUUAUUGUUAAUGUCUCGUCGAUGUUCGGGGUCGGCGGUCCUCCAGGACCUUUCAGUAUCCCGCACUAUACGGCAGCCAAACACGCGGUGGUCGGUGUCACAAAAAUGGAUGCCAAGGCGUAUGCCCGAGAAGGAAUUCGCAUCAAUGCCAUUUGUCCAGGAUUCGUUGACACGCCUAUUAUCGGCGAGCAGAUCAAAUCCGGAUCAAUGAAUCCUCAGUUCGAGAUGACACCUAUUGGGCGUCCAGCACAUGUGGAAGAGAUAUCUGAUGUGCUGCUUUUCCUCUCAUCCUCAAUGAGCAGCUACAUGUGCGGUGCGGCCCUGGUGGUUGAUGGAGGGUAUACCGUUUAG